UCGACGCCGCUCCCUCUUUUACCCUAUACUUUAAACGCACUUGCAAUGUUCUCCAAGCAGCUUGCUGUUCUUGCGCUUGUCGCCGUCGCGUAUGCUGCCCCGCAGCAACUUAGUGUUUCUUCGGUGUCGAUCACUACAGCCAGCUCUCCCUCCAAUGGAAGCGCAACUGCUACGGGUACCGCGUCUGUUAUCACCACGAGCACUGUUGGAGGCGGAAACAGCUCAGCCACCGACACGAUCACCUUCGACGGACCGACGACUACUUCCUUGCCUGUUGUUUCUACGAGCGUCGUCGGAGGCGGUAACAGCUCCUCAGUCACUGACACAAUCACCUUCGAUGGACCGACGAUUUCGUAUCAUCACGGCCACCACGGUAUCAAAACGGUCACUGAGACCGUCACUGAAUAUGCUUGCGCAUCCGGCACAGUGACAGCGUCCACUUUCGUUGACCCCUUCCCGACGACCAGCACCGCUUCUGCGACGUUCGUCACUUCCGCAUCCUCCGCCACUGGCUCUUUCCCAAUCACGACUGCGACAGACGGAGGCGUAACUGUGACUCUCGCUACCACCACUUUCACCUCGGCAUCCCAGAUCUUCACGUCUGUGACCAGCUCUGUUCCCGAUAACAGCACGUCCAUUGUCAGCUCGGUCCCAGGAAACAGCACAUCUGUUGUUAGCUCAGUCCCAGGAGACAGUACAUCUAUCGUCAGCUCAGUCCCAGGAAGCACCUCCGUCGUUAGCUCAUUCCCUUCGAGCAUCACGUCCAUCGCCAGCUCGUCCCCCACUAUUAGCACCUCCGUCGUCAGCUCCGUGCCCAGCUCAGUCAGCGCUUAAUCGCUCUCCGAGCACAUGUUAUCAUGAGUCGAGUGAAGUGACAGCGAAUACUUAGUAUUUAAGGAUAUGUUUGAUCUUGGAUUGCAGAUUAUGUGGCUAUGGACUUGAUUCUCGGGUUGGACAAUUUAGUAAUUCCUAUGUCGC